AUGGAGGAGGACCGGGCGCAAACCGACUUGGGCAUCGCCGCCGACAUCGAGGCGUCUCAUCGUGAAGCGGAGGCGGCGGCCAAGCCCGUAAUGAAGCAGCCGAAGAAGCGGUUUGUCGGUAGAAGGACCGCGGCCGAGGCUGCGGCGAAGAACGGAGGCUCUAAUGGAUCUAUCGAGGACAGCAGCUCCAUUCAAGUUGCACAACCACGGAGAGGCCCGCGCCUCCUGAAUCAAGUCCCCCCCGAGAUCCUCAACGACCCGGCGCUCAAUUCCGCCAUUUCUAUACUCCCUUCCAAUUACAGCUUUGAGAUACCCAAGACGAUCCAUCGCAUCCGCUCCUCCGGCGCCAAGAAGGUCGCCCUCCAGAUGCCCGAGGGCCUCCUUCUCUUCGCCACCACAAUCUCCGAUAUCCUCACCGAGUUCUGCCCGGGCAUCGAGACCCUCAUCAUGGGCGACGUCACCUACGGCGCCUGCUGCAUCGACGACUACACCGCUCGCGCCAUGGGCUGCGACCUUCUCGUGCACUACGCCCAUAGCUGUCUCAUUCCUGUCGACGUGACCAAGAUCAAGACGCUCUACGUCUUCGUCGACAUCAGUAUCGACACAUCGCACCUGCUCGCCUCCCUCGAGCGCAACUUCGCCUCGGGAAAGACUAUCGCCAUCGUCGGCACAAUCCAGUUUAACGCCACAAUCCACGGCGUGCGCGGCACGCUCGAGAAGGCCGGCUUCAAGGUCCUUGUGCCGCAGAUCGCGCCGCUGAGCAAGGGCGAGAUCCUCGGCUGCACGAGCCCGCGACUGACGGAUGAUGACAGGGUCGACAUGAUCCUGUACCUCGGCGACGGCCGCUUCCACCUCGAGAGCAUCAUGAUCCACAACCCAAGCGUGCCGGCGUACCGCUACGACCCGUACUCGCGUAAGCUGACGCGCGAGACAUACGGCCACGACGAGAUGCAGGACCUGCGUCGGACGGCGAUCCGGACGGCCAAGACGGCGCGCAAGUGGGGGCUGAUCCUCGGCUCGUUGGGUCGCCAAGGGAACCCGCACACGAUGGGGCUCAUCGAGAAGCGGCUUCGGGAACGCGGCAUCCCGUGGGUGAACCUGCUGCUGAGCGAGAUCUUCCCUGGGAAGCUGGCCAUGAUGAGCGACGUGGAGUGCUGGGUGCAGGUCGCGUGCCCGCGGUUGAGCAUUGACUGGGGGUACGCGUUCCCGCGGCCGCUGCUGACGCCAUACGAGGCGCUGGUGGCGCUCGAGGUAAAGGAUGACUGGGGCAAGGGGGUGUAUCCUAUGGAUUACUAUGGGAAGGAUGGCCUUGGGCGGACGAAGCCUGCGCAGCUGGAGGCACAAGUUUGA